AUGGCUCUAUUUUUUCCGUUGACCCAUCCCGAGGACAGAGCAAGAAGUGUUGCGGACAGGCAGAAUGUGCCAAGGAUCCCUGGCCACACCGACAGCGACUGGUGGGAAUGCCGGUCCGCUGGUCCGUGUUUUCCCACCACUUGGUCUGUGCAUCCACAAGCGCCACCAGCCAUGGAUGCUUUGGCCACACUUCUACGCGGAGGGCUGUCGACGCUACGCGGAGUGAAGCAAACGGUGAAGCGAUCCCUUUUGCUGAGCAUCUAUCGCCUCAAGGAGCACGUCUUUGGCCUCUAUGAUUCCAUGGUGGAGACCUUGGAUUGUGAACGUCGUAGGCAACUGCAAUGGAGACGUGAGAGCUGCAGACCGAGUUUCCGUGGUCAGAAGGAUGGAAUGAUCGAUCUUGCAAGGCCACCGACGGCGCGUGUGACGCACAGUCGAGAGGAGCGAUCGAUCUUUUUGGGCAAAGGCGCAGGCCCCACCAUUCGCAGCCCGGUCGCGCAGCGACUCGCGCAACUCCCACGCCGGGCCGUGGAGGACGACCAGCUCCCAGAGGCUCCCCCUGGUGGACGAGUCGUUCAUGUGGAGUACUGUAUGUUCUGCAAGUUCCUUCCGGAGUACCUCAAGUUUCGCAAGGCGUUGGCGGAGCGCUUCGGCGAGCGGGUGCUGUGCUUCGCGAACCACGAGGACACCCUACAAGAACUGAUUCGACAACCCAAGAGCCGUAUCAAUGCCUUUGAGGUGGUGGAUGUGAAAUCCAAGAAGGUCUUAUAUACCAAGCUCGGGAGUGGUUUACUCAUCACUGAGAGGCAGGAGUGGCUGGAGAAGCUAUUCGAAGAGAUUGAAGAGCUCUGCCAAGAGGAGAGCUAA